UUUAACCAAGUCGUUCCAUAUUGGAGGAGUUGAAACUUUAACUAGAGACAACACCAUACUUUAGCUAAACAAAAAUGAGGAAUUCACACCAUUAUCUAAUUGACAUUUUGCCUUAGGUGCUCUAUAUAUCAGUCAUUCCUUAUUUUGUACAAAUAAUCCCCACCAUUCAUCUCCUCAAGUUGCAAUAGUACAAUUGUUUUGUCCAAUUCAAUAGGUGUAGACAAUUGGCGCGCUUCCUUAACGUAUUGUUAGUCUCCUGAAGGUUUUUUUAAGCUUCAGGUUUAUCUACAACGUCUUUCUGUGUGUUAAAGACAGAGACUUGAUAACCAUGAAAAAUGUAGAUUCCAUUCGAACAAUCGCAAAUCGCUAUGCUGCCCAAUUGCAACUCUGUCACUCUCGAAACCCCGUGUCCUUUUCCCUUGCUCGUUGUGUCCAUGCCCACAUGAUAUGUUAUGGCUUCAAGCCACGUGGGCAUAUACUCAACCGUCUGAUCGACAUUUAUUGUAAAUCAUCAAAACUUAGCGACGCUCGUCAACUGUUCGACGAAAUUCCCCAACAAGACAUUGUCUCUAGAACGACGUUAAUCUCUGCAUAUUCUUCUUCAGGCAAUCUAAACAUGUGUGGUGAAAUAUUUAGCAAAACCCCAUUAAACCUGCGCGACACCGUUUUUUAUAAUGCGAUGAUCACGGCAUAUUCUCAUAAUAAUGAUGGUCCUGCGGCCAUUAAACUGUUUCGUGAUAUGAUGCGUGAUGAUUUCCGGCCGGAUAAUUUUACAUUUACGAGUAUUCUUAGUGCCUUGGCGCUUAUUGCGGACGAGGAAUAUGAGUGCAUGCAAAUGCACUCUGCCGUUGUGAAGUCAGGAACUGGCCUUUUUACUUCUGUAUUGAAUGCACUUGUGUCUGUCUAUGUUAAAUGUGCGUCUUCACCUUUUGUGUCAUCAGUUGCAUUGAUGAGUAUGGCUAGGAAAGUAUUUGACGAGAUGCCUGAGAGAGAUGAGUUGUCGUGGACCACAAUGAUUACCGGGUAUGUGAAGAAUGACAAGCUCGAUGCAGCUCGUGAGUUUCUUGAUGGGAUGAGUGAAAAAGUAGGCAUCGCUUGGAAUGCAAUGAUAUCUGGUUAUGUACAUCAGGAAUAUUAUCAAGAAGCGUUAGAAAUGUUCAGGAAGAUGCUUUCACUGGGGAUUCAGCUGGAUGAGUUUACAUACACGAGUGUUAUUAGUGCUUGUGCUAAUGCUAGAUUGCUACGGUUUGGAAAGGAGGUGCAUGCUUACUUAUUGAAGAUGGAGGUGAAGCCUACACCAGAGUUUUUAUUGCCGGUGAAUAAUGCGCUAGUUACAUUGUAUUGGAAAUGUGGUGAAGUUGAUAAGGCAAGAGAUAUUUUCAAUCAGAUGCCAGUGAAGGACCUAGUUUCAUGGAAUGGAAUUUUAUCAGCUUAUAUGAGUGUUGGUCACAUUGAUAAAGCUAAAUCAUUUUUUGGGGAAAUGAAGGAGAGGAAUCUUCUGUCAUGGACUGUGAUGAUUUCAGGAUUAGCACAAAAUGGGCUUGGGGAAGACGGUUUGAAGCUAUUUAGCCAGAUGAGAUUAGAAGGCUAUGAACCAUGUGAUUAUGCAUUUGCAGGAGCUAUUACUUCUAGUGCUGUACUUGGAGCAUUGGAGAAUGGGCGGCAGCUCCAUGCUCAACUUGUUCGGUUUGGGUAUGAGUCUAGCCUUUCGGCAGGAAAUGCACUGAUAACAAUGUAUGCAAGGUGUGGCCUUGUUGAAGCUGCCAACUGUGUGUUCAGAACAAUGCCUUUUGUGGAUUCUGUAUCUUGGAAUGCUAUGAUUGCAGCUCUAGGGCAACAUGGACAUGGUGUUCAAGCAGUUGAAUUUUAUGAAAAAAUGUUAAAAGAAGGUAUAUUACCAGACCGGAUAACUUUCCUCACUAUUCUCUCUGCUUGUAGCCAUGCAGGUUUAGUCAAAGAAGGAUGCCAUUUUUUUAAUUCAAUGUAUAGCCUUUAUAGUAUAACUCCUGGGGAAGAUCAUUAUGCCCGUUAUAUUGAUUUGUUGUGUCGAGCUGGGAAUUUCUCAGAAGCAAAAGGUGUGAUCAAAACAAUGCCAUUCAAACCUGGUGCACCAAUUUGGGAGGCUCUUCUUGCUGGUUGUCGUAUUCAUGGAAACAUGAAUUUGGGGAUUCAAGCUGCAGAACAGCUUUUUGAGCUGAUGCCACAACAUGAUGGAACAUAUGUACUUUUGUCAAAUAUGUAUGCCACAUUGCAAAAAUGGGAUGAUGUUGCUAAAGUGCGAAAAUUAAUGAGGGACAGAGGAAUAAAGAAGGAGCCUGCUUGUAGUUGGAUUGAGGUUGAAAAUAACGUCCAUGUAUUUUUGGUUGACGACACUGUGCAUCCUGAGGUGGAAGCAGUUUAUAAAUAUCUCGAGCAACUGGGGGUGGAGAUGAGAAAAUUAGGUUAUAUCCCUGACACAAAGUUUGUGUUGCAUGAUAUGGAAUCUGAUCAAAAGGAAUAUGCCUUGUCUACUCAUAGUGAGAAGCUUGCAGUUGCAUAUGGACUCAUGAAACUUCCUCUUGGAGCCAUAAUUAGGAUUUUUAAGAACCUUAGGAUUUGUGGGGACUGUCACAAUGCAUUCAAGUUCAUAUCAAAAGUAGCCGCAAGAGAGAUAGUUGUAAGAGAUGGGAAAAGAUUUCAUCAUUUCAGGGAUGGUGAAUGCUCCUGUGGUGAUUACUGGUAGGCGCAGAUUUUUAUUUUUAAAGGGAGUUUAAGUGGAGCAUUUCCACAAUCCAUGCAAGCUGUUGUGUUGGUCAGGAUGUAAAUUACACACAAUUACUGAAAACAGGAUGCAAAUACAUAAGUCAUGUCAUAACAGUGUUGCUGCAUGCUCCUACAAUUCAGGUGAGACAUGUCAUCAGAAUGUUGGUAACAUCUUUGAGGGUUGGUCCCACUGCACUCGGCACUCCAGGUUAUCCUCGUUACCUUGAAAGAUCUUUAAUUGGAGAAAAGAUAAGUGAAAUCUUUCAAGUAAAUUGUAUUGUUCACUGUUUUUGCAGGUUGUUAUAUAUUUUUUAAAUAAUUUAUAAUAUGAAGGUCCUUAAUUUAUUUGUGGUUGAUGUCAUUAGAGAGUUGGAGUGAACUGUUUAACGGAGACAACUGCAUAUUAUAUCAGCAGAACUUAGGUGUUUAUACAGAUCUUGUUUAGCAAACUCCUUCCUUCUCUAAUCUGGUUUUGAGGUUUUUUGUCCCAGUGAAUGUGAGAAGCUGCAUGGGCAGGCACUGUAUUUUUUGCAAUUUCAUUUUCACUUGAAAAAAUAAAAUGCUUCAUCAACUAAUUAAUCUUUUAAUGUUAAUAGGUGACUCUCUACAUUGGUCAUGAUUAUCUGAAACCUGCUGUGACUGCAGAAGCGAGAUAACUGUCACCAAAUGAUUAAUAUUUGUUUGCAGCCAAAGAUCAACAGAGGUGGAAUCUGGGAUUUUCUAAAAGCCAGCAAUGGCGUCCAACUGACAGGGAGCGCAAUCACACUCAUUCUUCUCCACUGUACUAACGACUGAGUGGAGGUGUCCUUUUCUUUGGGAUAAAUUAUCUAUAAAACAAUAAAGUUAUUUAUAUUAUUUUUAUUGACGUAUUAAUAUAUAAUUAAUAUUAUUUAAUUUUUAAUUAUUUAAUUAGAUAA